AUGUCUCAAAUACAAAUUAUUCUUGUCGUGUAUCAUGAUCCGGAUACAAAGGCGGAGAAACAACAAAAGUUUCAAUGUUCGAAUGACGGACGACUGUCAUUACUCGACGUUAAAACAUUUUUUGGCGUUAAAGCAUUAGCAAAAUGUGAUGAAAAUGGCACAAUUGAAUAUGUAUUGGCCACAAGUGAAGAUGGAUACUCAGUCACACCAUUUUUGGAAUUAGAGACUGUUGGUAUUGGUGUUACAGUUUCAACCGGUACCUUACAUGUCACAAGUGUCAAAGAGCCAAAAGAACAUUGGUUUAGAAGUUCAAAGGCAGAUUUGUUUAAAUGGCUUUGGACAUAUUUAAUUGUAGCUAGUAUUAGUGUGGGCAUUACUGUUUGGAGCCGUAAACCUUGCCCAGUUAAAACUGCUGAUCGUGAAAUGCGUUUGAUGAUUGAUACAUUAACACGAAAUAAUGAAGAUUUAACAGAAAAAUCGAUGCGUGAUGGUGGAAUGUUAAAAGAAGAAUUAACAAAAGCUGUUUAUACUCGUGAUUCACUUGAAAAAGAACUGGCACGAUUAAAUGGAAAAGUAAAUGAAUUAUCAACGGGUAAAAAAGCAGCUGACGAAAAAGUGGACUUUUUAACAGGAAAAACAAAUAAUUUACAAGUUGAUUUACGUCGUUCGGAGGCAAAUGCUGCCAUGUUACAAGAACGUUUUACAUUAACUAAAAAUGAGAAAGAUGCAUUAGAUGCCGAUUCAAGAAAUAAAUUAGGCUUAUUAAUGCAAAAAUUAAAAGAAUUUCAAGUGCAAAAUAAAACUUGUUUGGAACAAUUGCAUGCACAAAGUAAACAAUGUGACCAUUUAAAUGGAGAAAAUAAACAACUACUGGAAUAUGUUAAUGGUUAUCGUAAAGAAAAUGAUUUAUUAGCAAAACAAUUAGUAUCUGUAAAUACAAAACAAAAACGUUUAGCAUUAGAAUUAGAAAAAUUGAAAAGUGUUGACGCAUUUAUGAAAAACGAAGAAGCCAUGAAAAUGCAGGACGCUCUAAUGGGUUUAACAGAUCAAUUGACACAAUUGAGAAAAAUGCAUGGAACUACAUUAUCCGAAAAUCAACGUAUUAAAGAAUUAUUAAUUGAAAAAGAUUCAGUCUUAACAAAUUUAGGUUAUGAACGUCAUCAACUACAAGAUAAAAUGGUUAAAAAUGAACAUACGAUUCGACAAUUAGAACGUAUGUUAGAUGGUAAUAAACGUUCACCAUUGGAUCAACAAAUAACAGCUACAUCAUCAACUAAUUAUUCAUUUGAAAAUGUUAUAGAUUCAUGA